AUGAUUACUACAUCCUCAUCCUUACUGCACUCUUCUUCUACAACGCCCGCCAUCACCUCAACAAGCCAAUCUAUUCAUAUCAUUCAAAGUAAUAAUAACAAUAAUAAUAAUUAUAAUAACAACAGCAGUAGCAACAACAGCAGUGGCCACAACUCCUCCUCACGACCAAACAAAAGGAGACGAAAACGAGGAAUUUCAAAUACAAAAUUGCUUGAACAAACCCAAACGUUUUCUGGAAAAGGUGCUCCCACUAUUCAAGAGCGUCAUCAUAAGCAACCGUCCAUCAUUAGAGGAAAGCAACCAGCUGCGAUUUCUUCUUCUUUGCUGGCAUCACCACCAUCUUCAUCGAUUAAAAGUAGUACAGUCAGUAGAGUGGUCCCAUCGACGAACAUCAACCAGACAUCAACUGUUGCAACAUCAGGGAAAACCUCGUCUUGCAUCAAUUCUAUCCUUGAAUCCAACAACAAGCGUCAUCUUCAACAAUAUUCAUCAUCCACAGCAGUUCCACCACGAUUACAAAUAGCGAGAGAUCAAACAGACGCGUUGGCUCAACAAUCCUUAUCUAUUCAUUCAAACAAGAAAAACAACCGAACACUUAUGCCCGAUAAGAAAAGAGGCUCGUUAGUGUUGACUUGUUCGAGUGGAGGCGAAGAGGAUGAUACUACUCCUAAUUAUGGUUGCACUGCAUCCAUCAAUAAGGAGAUGCAUAUUCAUACGAUAAUGGAUAUGAAGGCUGUAAAUUCUGAUUCUGGAGUUCUGGAGAGACGUGAUAACUCUGGCAACACAUUGAUGCCUCAGCCCUCAAGUACUACUUCUCCCAUCUCUGAAACUUCCUCCUCUGAAGAGGUGGUUAUUACCUUUAAUUCUGUUUGCAAUCUUAAUACAACAACAGCACCUCUAAAUGUCUGUACCAGCACUACACAAGAUACCACAAGAAGUCGAUCCAAUUCAAAGACCAUUGCGUUGAGCAUCAAGAUUGAGGAUACUGGCUCCAAUAAUUCGAACAUGGCGAGUUUUAACCACUCCUCUUCAACAACAAACGCUGAGCCUUCGAUUGUCGUGACACCUCCAAUGACUGAGAUGAGCACCACAACGGUUCACAAAUCCUCUACAGGAAUUCUGUCACGAUUACUUGCUGUUAAGAAGAGAGCAGUGUUAAUCAAUUCGACCGAAAGCCCAACUCAAGAACCUCCCACUCGUUCAAGAUGGAAGAAACAUGCUCGUUCUCAAAGCAUGUCCCGUUCGUCCAAUGUCGCCUUAAGCUGCGAAUCAACAAACGUGAGCACUUGUGGAAAUUCGUCCUCGUAUGUGAGCAGUUUUUCAAGUUCUAAAAGUUUUGGAAACAGCUUGAGUCGAGAACACUUCUCAUCCUCAAGAUCAUGCUCAGAAUUUGACUCUCACUCACCUACCAACAGCCACUACCAAUGUGACCAGUCUCCUCAACAUCACACCAAUUACCAUGAUUUUCCCUCUUCUUCUCAGCAAUCUAAAAAAAGCAUUUCCGUAAGAGGCAAAUCACCCAAGCAAAAAAUGACCGAAGUCCAAGCCAGCUGUCACCUCACCUCCCCGCAUCAUGACGCCAUGUUUUCUUCAAACAGAGGAACAACGUUAGUUGAGGGUGAUGAUGGCUUGGAUGGCGGUGUGAUUCCUUCCACAACAACAACAACGACAUCACCAAGAAGUACUACAACGUCCAGUACAACUCACACUGCAAGAAACUACAAAAACGUUUUUUUGAAUAUGGUCGAUGAUCACAUUUCAUCGUUUUUGAAAAAGAAUUCUUUCAGAAACAACAACAGGUCUUCCAUAAUGAAUGAUAUGAAUAUAUCACAAACAUCAUCUCGGAAGUUAACAUUGGCUGAUUGCCCUCCUGAAAUUUUGCUUUACAUUGCAAGUUUUGUUUUAUCCACCAUCAAUUGUUGUGAUUAUCCGACGGAAAAAUCUUCAUCGCCCGUUGGAAUUAUUGUUGGCUCUGCAUUCAAUUUUUCAACCUCUAGUUUGUCACCUUCUGGAUUCAUGUUUGAAUCGAGCAGUAACAUUUCAUCACGAAGUGGAAGACAUUCAUCCACUUUGAAACGGUUUGAAUAUUAUCCUAAAUAUACCAUGUUUCCUAAAGAGUUGACACGAGAUUAUUUCAGUAUGAUGUUAAGCUGUAAAACGUUUUACUGUGCACUCAACUAUGAUCCAGAAAUUAAGAAUGACAUGAAAAAUGGUUUAGUCGAGGGAUUUUGGGAGUAUAUUCUUUUUUGGCAUUAUGUUUAUCCAAAUUUUGCGUCUAUUGACAAGAUGGAUGAUUUUAUGACAGAUCUAAGGUUAAGAAAACCACCAGAACUUUCCUAUAAGAGAAUAUAUCAAUAUGUGAACACACAAGUGCAACAAAUCAAGGUACAAAUUCCAAAAAAGAAAAAUUCAUUUGAUCCCACCAAUUACUUUUACCUUUUAGUGGCUGGAGUUAACAGUCUGGUCAUACAAACUAUUAGAGCUUUGUUCUAUGAAAGCAAAUCUGAUUUCGAAUGUAAGAGCAUUCGAUUCGAUGGAGAGGAAUUCAAAGUGAGAAUUGAAUCUUGUAGUUUUAUGGAUUAUUCUCUUGCUCCAAACAGUGCUGAAUAUAAAUUCAGAGGGACAGACGGUAUUCUAUUUGUUUGUUACAUGUCGAGUAGAAAAUCACUAGAUGCAAUGAUCAAGUAUAUUGAAAAAUGUAUUGACUUUCGUAAAAAGGAUGAUGCUCGAACGACUAUGGAUCCACCUGCAGCAAUAAUUAUGGGUAACAUUACUAACAAUACGACCAUUCAAGAACUCACACUUGCUGAUCUCUUAGAAGUUAAGAAUACGUACUCCUAUUUUAUCAGAGAUGUAGUGAUUGUUAAUACGGACACACUUGAUAACAUUCAAUCCUCAUUUGAAAAGGUGGCAACAAUGAUGUAUAAAACUAAAAUGAAGAGCUAUGUAAAUACUAUUCCAAUUAUUGAGGAAACCCUCAGAAAAGAUGAGGAAACACUUACUACAGACAUAAGGAGAGGGAAACGAAGGGAUAGCCAUCAGAGAUGUUCUGUCAUGUAA